AUGGGGAUCCCCUCAUUCCUAGCCUUCCUUGCUGCCAGGAGGAACCGAGCUCACUGCACGCCCUGGCAUCCUUGGGGCCACAUGCUACUGUGGACAGCUCUGCUCUUCCUGGCUCCUGUUGCUGGGAAACCUGAUCUCCCAAAAGCUGUGGUGAGCAUCCAGCCUGCGUGGAUCAAUGUGCUCAGGGAGGAUCGUGUGACGCUGAUGUGCCAGGGGACCAGCUUCUACGAAGGCAACCUCACCAUGUGGUUCCAUAACGGGAGCUCCAUCCACACCCAGAACCAGCCCAGCUACAGCUUUCAGGCCGGCAGCAAUGACAGUGGAUCCUACAGGUGCCAGAGGGAGCAGACCAGCCUCAGCGACCCUGUGCAUCUGGAUGUGAUUUCCGACUGGCUGCUGCUCCAGACCCCCAGCCUCGUAUUCCAGGAAGGGGAGCCCAUCGUGCUGAGGUGCCACAGCUGGAGAAACCACCCUCUGAAUAAGAUCACAUUCUACCAGGAUGGGAAAUCCAAGACAUUUUCCUACCUGCGUUCCAACUUCUCUAUCCCACGUGCCAACUUCAGUCACAGUGGCAAGUACCACUGCACAGCGUUUACCGGGAAGACGCCACACUCGUCACAGCCAGUGAACAUCACUGUCCAAGAUGGGAAUGAAGGUUGUUCAAGAUGUCCAGCAAUUCCACUCAUCUUUUCACCUUGGCAUCAAAUCACUUUCUGCCUGGUGAUGGGGCUCCUUUUUGCAGUGGAUACAGGCCUGUAUUUUUCAGUGUGGAGAGACCUUCAAAGCUCCAUGGGAGACCCGAGGAAUUACAAAGUCUGA